GGUCACCAGACCAGGAAGAGUAUAAAUAAACGACUACUCGGAGUCGCCAUGAUAGAAGUUUAAGAAUCCACGCAAGUUCAUUGUCUGACCAUGGACAAGCGUUGGGCCCAGGAUGUGUUACGGUGUCGUCUCUGUGAGACCCCGUGCCCCCCUAUGUACUGUGACAUUUGUCACAUACAUCUGUGUAAAGCCUGUGUGGGGGAACAUCUCUCAGAUCAAUCCACAGAACACAAAGUGCUGCCAUUUGAACAGCGGGGAUCUACUACAAAUUACCCUAAGUGUCCUAAACAUUCCACAAAACAUUGUGAACUUCACUGUGAACAAUGUGACAUUCCUAUUUGUGCACUCUGUAUUUCUGGAGAACAUUUAGGACAUAAACCAGUCGACAUUGUUAAACAUAUUGAACGCAAAAAAGAACUUUUACAGAGAGAAAUACAAGAGUUAGAGAAAUCCAUUUAUCCUAAAUAUCAACAGAUUGCCUCUAAUAUCCCAGUUCAGAAAGCUGCUCUGAAUGAAAACAGCCAGAAAUUGACAUCAGCAAUAGACAAACAUGGAGAGGCCUUGCACAGAGAAAUAGACACCAGGAUCAACAAACUGAAAUCUGAUCUCAAUGAAAUGGACACCAAACAGCUGGCCGUCCUCAACAAACAGGAAGAUGAAAUCACACGCACCAUUUCUGAAAUAACACAGAACAUUGCUGAUCUGAACAAGUUAGUGGACUCCAAUGAUGUCAGUCGUGUCUCUGCCUACAAAUCCAGGAUUGCUGAAUUCAGAAGAUUGCCUCCUAAACUCACAGUGUCCUUACCAAGUAUUACCCCUCAGAAGAUCAACAAAGAACAGCUUUAUCAACAGUUUAGUUCUCUGUCAGCGUCAUCUAUUAAAACAGAAGAACAAGUCUACACCAUGGAUUCCCCCGGUGCUGAGUCCUCUCCCCCGGACAGACCGCUCAUUGAUGUACCACGGAUCAUCACACAGAUAAACACCAAGUAUGGAGACUCUAAUAGAUUAGUCAAUGUGUCCUGUCUGAGGGAUGAAGAACUAUGGUCGCGUGGUCAGGACAACAAGAUGAGACUGUACAACCUGCAAGGAGAACUUGUGAAGUCAGUCCAAACCAAGUCAGGGAACGAUCCAUGGGACAUAGCAGUGACAAGGAGUGGGGAUCUAGUUUAUACCGAUUAUGAUGAUAGAACUGUGAACAUAGUGAAGAAUAAAAAGAUAAAGACAGUGAUAAGACUACAGGGGUGGAGACCUCUCGGUGUCUGUAGUACCUCCUCUGAUGACCUCCUGGUUGUCAUGGACAGUGAUUAUAAUAAACAAACAAAAGUUGUGUGUUACUCUGGCUCCACAGAGAAACAAAGUAUUCAGUACGACGACAAAGGACAAUCUCUCUAUUCAUUUGGUGAGUACAAUAAAUACAUCAGUGAGAACAGGAACCUAGAUAUCUGUGUGUCAGACAUUGACGCCAGUGCAGUAGUGGUGGUCAAUCAGGCCGGGAAACUCCGGUUUACCUACACUGGUCCUCCCUCUACUACCAAGGGAUCAUUUGAUCCAUGCGGCAUCACAACAGACAGCCAGGGUCGGAUCCUGACAGCAGACGGCAACAACCACCGUAUCCACAUCCUGGAUCGGGACGGACAGUUCCUCCGCUACAUUGACAACUGUCAUUUACAGGCUCCAUCGGAUCUUUGUGUGGACAGCAGGGACAACCUCUUUGUGGCUGAAUUUAAGACCUGUAAAGAACAAGUCUACACCAUGGAUUCCCCCGGUUCUGAGUCCUCUCCCCCGGACAGACCCCUCAUUGAUGUACCCCGGAUCAUCACGGAGAUAAACACCGAGUAUGGAGACCCUAAUAGAUUAGUCAAUGUGUCCUGUCUGAGGGAUGAAGAACUAUGGACGCUUGGUUGUAACAACAAGAUGAGACUGUACAACCUUAAGGGAGAACUAGUGAAGUCAGUCAAAACCAAGUCGGGGUACUAUUCACAGGACAUAGCAGUGACAAGGAGUGGGGAUCUAGUUUAUACUGAUAACAAUGAUAGAACUGUGAACAUAGUGAAGAAUACACAGAUACAGACAGUGAUCAGACUACAGGGGUGGAGACCUUGGGGUGUCUGUAGUACCUCCUCUGGUGACCUCCUGGUUGUCAUGGAGAGUGAAGAUAGAAAACAAACAAAAGUUGUGUGUUACUCUGGCUCCACAGAGAAACAAAGUAUUCAGUAUGACGACAAAGGACAACCUCUCUAUUCAUCUGGUAACUAUUUCAGUAAAUACAUCAGUGAGAACAGGAACCUAGAUAUCUGUGUGUCAGACCUUGACGCCCGUGCAGUAGUGGUGGUCAAUCAGGCCGGGAAACUCCGGUUUACCUACACUGGUCCUCCCUCUACUACCAAGGGAUCAUUUAGUCCAGCCGGCAUCACAACAGACAGCCAGGGUCGGAUCCUGUCAGCAGACUGUGACAACUACCGCAUCGACAUCCUGGAUCAGGACGGACAGUUCCUCCGCUACAUUGACAACUGUCAUUUACAGGCUCCAUCGGGUCUAUGUGUGGACACCAGAGACAACCUCUUUGUGGCUGAGUUGAUCACAGGUAAAGUGAAGAAAAUCCAGUAUUACAUGUAAACAAACUGUGUGUAUAUCUACAUAUAUAAACAAACUGUGUGUAUAUCUACAUAUAUAAACAAACUGUGUGUAUAUCUACAUAUAUAAACAAACUGUGUGUAUAUCUACAUAUAUAAACAAACUGUGUGUAUAUCUACAUAUAUAAACAAACUGUGUGUAUAUCUACAUAUAUAAACAAACUGUGUGUAUAUCUACAUAUAUAAACAAACUGUGUGUAUACCUACAUAUAUAAACAAUCUGUGAGUUUUACAUUGAUAUGAAAUGUUUACAUAUUGAUAGAUGAAAUACAAACUACAUGUAUGUGUGAAUACAACACUUAAACAGGCUCUGUAUAAAUACUAUAGAGGAACAUUUCUAUAUUUAAGAAAGAAUAAAAAUGUUAAAUAGUUCUAUGGGAUAUAAACUUGUUGGUCACAUGAUUAAAUCCUGUGAAGUCUGAAGGAAUUCUCAGAAGAUUACAUCAUGUCCCAACCAACUUUAUCCAAGAGAACAUUUUAACAUUAAAAUAUAUCAUCAUAUUUACAUUGAGAAAGAUCGAGAGAUCAUUCCAAAUCAUGACUUACUGUCUGUCAUACAUACCAGGUUAUAUGCUUCAUGUGACAAGCCGUCAGUUGACCUCUUGAUCCUUCAGAAAGUUCUACUGAAUUCUUCACUUCAUCCUUCAAUAGAUUCAGAUGACAAGAGAAAUAGCAAUGUACUUUAUAUUAACAAACUGUCUUUAUUUUAAUAUUAAGAGACUGAUUGCAUUUACAUGUACCAUGUAAACAAACAUUACUUAUAUACAAAUUGUACUUCUAUUCUCAUUAAUAAUUGUAUUUCAUGAUGAAUGAAUAAUAAAAAAAUAUUGUAUUUUACAUUGAAUAUCGCUUUGCUGUCAAAUAAAUAAAACAAGACAAUUAA